AUGGCCCCCGACCGUAUCACCAACGCUAUCGACAGUUUGAUAACACACAUCGUGCCCAGUGAUCCCAAUGAUCCCGAUGAAGUUGCGCAAGAGCGCCAUGAUACAUGUUUUGACAUUGUCAAGUCUAUAAUAGACAGUCCAGCCUCCCCCGCUAUUUCUUCCGAUGUCAACCAUGCCUCCGAUCUUAUAAAACGAAAGCUCAUCCAGAGCAACCCUACCCAAGCUCUUCGCUUCUCGAACCUCUAUACACGACUACUUUCACUGCCUGUGUUGGAGCAUAAGUGGGCAAUACUCUACCUUCUCUACCAGCUCGCAGAUUCCCCGGAUCCCAGUGAACCCCUCCCAUUGAGCCCUGUAAAGCCAUCGGCGCCCAACUAUCGAGAUGCCAUCAGUCGUGACGCUAUAAAGCGGCAGGGUCGAGAACGUGCCACCAGGACUUCCAGGUUCGAGGAGGAGCAGUUCAAAGAAGCUUUCCAACCAGAUGGGCUCAAGAAACUUCCAGCAAAAGAGAGCAAGCAACCGAGUAAAGAAGGGGAACCGCGGCCUGAGCCACCAAAAAGAGACGUUUCCUUGAAAUCAACGUUAUUGGCGAAUAACUAUUCAGAGAUAGAACCUCCCGAGUCCGUCAUUCUUAGAGAUUUGCCAUUCACUUUGCAAGGACUUUCCUCCACUACACUACCCUUCACAAAAUCAGAUAUCAUCAAAUUACCGUCAACACUCCCACUACCAAUUGUCUCCUUGCUUCACACUCUAGCAGAGCCAUCGUUGCUGUAUCGCGGUCUCGACGGUUUUUGCAAGACUCCAGCCAGGGGGCUUCUUGGGCAAAGUCUAAGGGCGGCCAUUCACGGUGAGCUCAAAUCUUAUUUGAGUCUGAUUGCCACUCUUGAAAGUCAGAUUCGAAGAGCUCUUGCAUCACUUGACGAGGAGGCCCCAAGAGAGGGAAUCGGAAAAGCUGGAGUCACACUCAAGAGAUGUGUUGUAUGGACUCGCGAGGCAACAAUGGGUCUCAGACUCAUGAGCUUAAUAGCUGAAGAAUCUGAGAAGAAGAGGGGAGGGCAGCUUGUGUCCCUUAUUCACAGUUUCUCAUCUUCUCACGGCGAUCCUGUUGUUGCUGCUUUUGCCGAAAGGCUACUGGCAAGUUUUACACGACCCUUCUACGACAUCCUACGACACUGGAUAUACGAUGGUGAAUUAUCAGAUCCUUUUCAGGAAUUCUUCGUCAGAGAGCAGUCUCCCGAAAAGGACACAUCCAAGGCUAAGGGCGCGGGUAAUGUUUGGGAAGACAAGUAUGAGAUUGACACGGACAUGAUCCCCAGCAUCAUUACCCAAGACUUUGCCCAGAAGGUUUUCUUGAUUGGAAAGUCCCUUAACUUCAUCAGGCAUAGCUGCGGCGAUGCUAUGUGGGUAGAGGACUACUCCAAGGCUGCUUCCAAGGAGCUGAGGUAUGGUGAUACUGCCACCCUGGAAGCAUGGAUCGAUGAGGCACAUAAGACUACCAUGAAGCGUCUGAUUGACCUGAUGGCCAACAAGUUUCACUUAUUCAAGCAUCUCCAAGCGCUCAAGAACUAUAUCCUUCUAGGUCAAGGAGACUUCAUUGCCCUCUUGAUGGAAUCUCUCGCUGCCAACCUUGAUCGUCCUGCUGGCGCACAGUACAGACAUACCCUUACUGCGCAACUAGAACAUGCCAUCCGAGGAUCAAACGCCCAAUACGACUCCCCUGAAGUUCUACGGCGACUAGAUGCUCGUAUGCUGCAACUAUCUCAUGGUGACAUUGGCUGGGAUUGUUUUACGCUCGAGUACAAGAUUGAUGCACCAGUUGAUGUCGUCGUGACGGAAUGGGGGAACCGACAAUACCUCAAAGUGUUCAACUUCCUCUGGCGUAUCAAGCGAGUUGAAUUUGCAGUGCUAUCAACCUGGCGGAAGUGCAUGACCGGCGCUCGUGGCGUCCUACAAAAUUCGGAUCCAGCAGUCUCUCAGACAUGGAAAUCUACGCGGGGUGUCCUCGCUGAAAUGAUUCACUUUGUGGGUCAGCUACAGUAUUACAUUUUGUUUGAGGUCAUCGAGUCCUCGUGGGGUGAACUCCAGAAGCGGAUCCACAAGGAAGACUGUACUCUGGACGACCUCAUCAAGGCACACACACGAUACCUUAAUGAUAUUACACAUAAAGGUCUACUUGGAGCGAAACGACGCACGCAUAGUUCUGACGAGGAUGAUCGUACAACAUACAUGAUGCAGCUUGGCGAGAUUCUUCGGUUCAUGCUCAAUUACCGAGACUCAGUUGACGGACUUUACAGCUGGAGCGUUUCGGAUUUCACGCGGCGCCAGGAGGCUGAUGUACGGAGCACUACACGGCAUACUGACGACCACGAUGGCCUUGACACACCAACGGCUGGCUCUGGUGCUGUCGCGUCCGAGUUUCCAGUCCUUCAAGAGCGCCUGCGGCAUCUAGGAGCAUCGUUCCGAACUCGUGUCCAGAUACUCUUAGGGGACCUGGCAUAUCAACCUGACGUUGACAUGCGUUUCCUAGGUGUAGCGAUGAACUUCAACGAUGUUUAUCAGCCAACACGGCGGAAAACGAAAGCGGCCCCGGGUACAGCAACAGCAAGAAGUGUUUCGACGAACAAGGGUGGCUGA